AUGGACAACACAGCUAAUCCUAUACUUUCCCUCUCUACCGAACUAAUCUUGGACAUUUUCGACUAUCUGCCUCCUUCAUCGCAUCUUGACCUUGCACUCAGUUGCUCAGCGCUGCAUAGACGAUACCAAUCUAUUCUUGGCGCUCAUCGCGCUGCUCACUCCAAGUACCGAGUCACAUCAGACCUCCACCCAGAAACAAUAAUCGAGCUACUGAAAGAUACUCCUAGUGCAAAGCUCGAGCGGUGGCAUGUGCGCGAGCUCGAGUUCUGGGGAGCUCGACGUGGUUGGCAGGACUGGCGAUCUUUCGAUCCAGAACCACAAACGACAUACGGGUUUGUUGGGGGGUCUAUCACGAGAGGCAAAUUCGAGGAGGAAGAAAUAGAUGCAUACAUCCGGAAAGCACACAGAUUAUGGGACUCCGGUUGCGACGACUUUGAGCGGGCUCGAUCCGAUUUGGAACUGGGAGAAGAUGCAUUCCUCAAAUUACUUCUCAUCGCUUCGUGCCCGCGUCUACACACUUUGAGAUAUGUUCAACGAGGCUGGGACGCCCGUAAAUCCCUCCAGUGCAUCACAAAGGCAACGAAAUGGAGCAGGUCUAUCGACUCAUGGCCACCAGGCUUCCAGUCUCUGCGUCACAUCCAAGUCAGCAUCUCAAUAGGCUCGUCCAUGUCUGGGGGCGGAGUAAAUCGCACGAAUAUCGUCGGAUUUGCAGCACUGUUGCAUUUUCCCAAUAUCGAAAGCAUUUACUACAACGGUCUUUGCCCAAAUUUUUACAAAGAAGAUGAGGAGGAAUACGAGGAGGAAAAUGAGGAGGAGAAUGAGGAGGAGAAUGAGGAGGAAGAUUUUGAUUUCGAUGACAACUAUGACUUUCCUAACAAGACGUCGAGUGUAAAGCAUCUCUUUCUUGAUGGUAUUGCGGAACUCUCACCAGAAUUCUUAGGUUCUAUUUCUGGCGCCUCGAAAAGCCUGGUAUCGAUGGUUAUACGUGCUGAUGAUGCAUACUCGUGGUAUGUCGACGAUAUGGAAGGGUUCGUGCAAGGCUUGGCAAAGGAUUUUCCACAUCUGGAGCAACUCGUCAUGUACAACCCUAAAGGAUUUGACGGCUAUGACGUUGUCACUUGUCUUCCAGAAGAAUUCAACAACUUUAAGAGCAUCAAACGAAUCACCAUCGCAGCUGGAGACAUAGAGUUGGGUGCGUACUGCCAACGGCCGAGUCAGACUAGGUUGCCUACCGCAAAGGACCUGGGCGAGUUUGUCCUCGAAGCUUUCCCUUCAACCGUCGAGGCGAUUUGCAUCUGGGGGCAGUCAGAUGCGCAUGUGGAAAGCCUCAAUCCAGCGAGACCAUCGGACGUUCUCGACUCAGCCAUAGCACAUCUCAUCGAAUCCGGCGCAUACGAGAAUCUCCGAGUCAUCUACCUCGAAGACGUAGAGACGUCGCACCGCCAGCCCGACCGCUAUAUCGCCAUGGGAAAACCAGUCAACGCAGGCCGCAAGGAGCUUGCUUUCCAGAAAUCGAUAGCCGCAGGACGUAAAGCAGGUGUGUAUGUGUGCACGCUCAUGAACAGAGACGAUGGAGGCUACUGGAGGAAUUUCCCCGCGAGGCCGGACAGGUUUGACUUGAAGACUGGUCCUUUUGGCGAGAGACCGGCGGAUUUGAGGCUCAAUGUCCUGACUGGGGAAUGGGGAGCAGAUUGUAAUGGAUGUGGAGAGUGCAAUGAGUGCUUGAUGCUGUAUCCUCCGGAGUUGUGGAAGAGUGCUGCAAGAUCUUAG